AGGGAGGCGGGCCGAGGGCGACGGAGCUGCGGCCCGUGGCGAUCCUAGGCUGGAGGAAGUGGCGGUCGCUGCGGCGGCGGCGCGAAGACGGCGGGCAUGGUGGGGCGGGAGAACGAGCUCUCCAUCCACUUUGUUCCCGGGAGCUGCCGGCUGGUGGAGGAGGAAGUUAACGUCCCCAAUAGGCGGGUUCUGAUUACUGGUGCCACUGGGCUUCUUGGCAGAGCUGUGUAUAAAGAAUUUAAGCAGAAUAAUUGGCAUGCCUUUGGCUGUGGUUUUAGAAGAGCAAGACCAAAAUUUGAACAGGUUAAUCUUUUGGAUUCUGAAGCAGUUCAUCACAUCAUUCAUGAUUUUCAGCCCCAUGUCAUAGUACAUUGUGCAGCAGAGAGAAGGCCAGAUGUUGUCGAAAAUCAGCCAGAUGCUGCUUCUCAACUUAAUGUGGAUGCUUCUGGGAAUUUAGCAAAGGAAGCAGCUUCGAUUGGAGCAUUUCUAAUCUACAUUAGCUCAGAUUAUGUAUUUGAUGGAACAAAUCCACCUUAUAGAGAGGAAGAUGUACCAAGUCCCCUAAAUCUGUAUGGCAAAACAAAAUUAGAAGGAGAAAAGGCUGUCCUAGAGAACAAUUUAGGAGCUGCUGUUUUGAGAAUUCCCGUUCUGUAUGGAGAAGUUGAAAAGCUUGAAGAAAGUGCUGUGACUGUUAUGUUCGAUAAAGUGCAGUUCAGUAACAAGUCUGCUAACAUGGACCACUGGCAGCAGAGGUUCCCCACACAUGUCAAAGAUGUAGCCACUGUGUGUCGCCAGUUAGCAGAGAAGAGAAUGCUGGAUCCAUCAAUUAAGGGAACCUUUCACUGGUCUGGCAACGAACAGAUGACUAAGUAUGAAAUGGCAUGUGCAAUUGCAGAUGCCUUCAACCUCCCCAGCAGUCACUUAAGACCUAUAACUGACAGUCCUGUCUUAGGAGCACAACGUCCAAGAAAUGCUCAGCUUGACUGCACCAAAUUAGAGACCUUGGGCAUUGGCCAGAGAACACCAUUUCGAAUUGGAAUCAAAGAAUCACUUUGGCCUUUCCUCAUUGACAAGAGAUGGAGACAAACGGUCUUUCAUUAGUCUACUGAUUUUCCACCUGUGGAAGAAACCAAUGUAGAUCAGAUCCUGGUAUGUUUCUGCAGGUACUCUGUAUAAGAAGAAUACGCUCAUUACAUAUGUGUGUACAUACAUGUAUGUCACUAUCCCUUCUUUAUACAAAUAGUAUCAUAAUAUACAUUUUUCUGUACUUAAUAAUAUGCUUCAGAGUUUAUUCUAUAUUAGUUAUAAAGAAUGUCUAUAUUGGCUUUUAUUUUACUUUUCACUUUGAAAUUUCUUCUUCUUUUUUUUUUUUUUAAGAUUUUAUUUUUAAGUAAUCUCUACAUCCAACAUGGGUCUUAAACUCAUGACCCCAAGAUCAAGAGUCGCGUGCUCCACCGACUGAGCCAGCCGGGAGCCCCUGAAAUGUCAUUCUUAACAGAAAAGUUGUCAUAAUAGCACAAGAAUGUCUGUAUUCCCACUUAAUCAACAUUUAGCCACAUUUAUCCUAUCAUUUUCUCUUUCUUUUUACAUAACAAAGUAUGGGUUUUUUUCUUGAGCCAUUUAAGAGUAAAUUGCAGGCAUGAUUCCUAAUCCCCCACCUACUAUGUACGUGUCCGUGUGUAAUGUCUAAAGAUCAGGAUGCUCUUCCACAUAACCCCAUAAUAUAACCAUCAGAGUCAAGAGAUUAACACUGAUACAAUAAUUAUCCACUCCACAGACCCCGUUCACAUAAGGUGUGCCAGUAAUGUCCUUUAUAAGUCUAUCCAAUCCAGGAAUUUACUCGUGGUGUUUCUUAUCAUUUUGCUUCAGCUUCAACCUGCAGCAGUUAUUGAGUGUUUUCUCUUUUGUGAUCCUGACUUUUCUGACAUCUCUCUUAUAAAAGAAACAAAUACACAUUGGUACUUCCAAUGCCCAUAUUGCUCCAUUCUUUUCUGUGUAGCUCCAUUCUCUGACAGAAAUCUAGCUCCCAUUAUUCUUAAUAUGCUCACUAAUUGGCUCAAGUCAUCUAUAAAAACCAUUCUGAUCACACGGUUUUCCUGCUGCCAUCAUCACGGACCUCCAUGAGCCAGUUGAGCAUCCCUGACCCCCAGGCCAUGGCCCUGAUGAUGGGUGACCAUAUCAGUCACUGUACCUAGUUGAAGCCACCCUUUCCCUCCCCCAGCCCAUGAGGCGUACUUCACCAACAGCCACAGAAGCUACUGCAUAGUACCUCAGAGCACCAAAGAGGAGGAACUAGGUAUUCUUUUAUGGCGGUAUACCUUCCAUUGUAUCAGUGAAUGAACCACAAUUUAUUUGUUUCUUGGUGUAGUUUAGGUUGUGUGGAAUUUUAGAGAAUGCUUUUAAUGAGCCCAAUGUAUAAAACAUUGAAGUUUGUGAGACUUUCUGUUCUGUAUAUCCACAGAUUAUACCUAUAAGCUCACAUGUUUAUAUUCCUCAGAUCUUGGAUGUAGCAGUCUGUGGCGUAAGAAUGAAUUUAGGAAAAAUUCAUUACCAAAAUGGGAAAAGAGUUUGAUAUGUAGACCUAAUGUACGAAGAAUAGAAUGUAUCUUAAAUAUUUCUCAGACUAUUUUUGUUAUAUGUUUUAAACGCUGUCCUAUGUAGUUAAAGGUAUUUGCUUAUUUUGGGUUUUAAUACAAAAUAGUAAUCAUUUCAGCCACUUUCAGAAGAAAAUAGGAAACAUUCAACUGUCCAAUAAAACCUUUGGGAGAAAUUA